AUGGAUUCCUCUCACAAAAUAUCUCCGAUUGAAUCCGCCACAACAAAUGUUCUUACAGUGUCAGAAAUAACCAAAGUGAGCUGGUGCAAGUACACUUAUACUUGUUCUGGAGACAAACUCCACUCCUUUGUCACUUCCUCCCCACAACGGUCGUCGUCGUCGUCCUCAACUGAAUUCGACAGUCUAUCAUGUAUCUACGAUCCGAUAAUCGUUAACUAUUUGAUAUUAUUAGAGAAUGGUAUACCGUGUACGUGGAAAUUUAAGGACGAAAGAGAAAAUAACUUUGAAAUAGUAUUCACCGAUAAAACGUUGGUCCGAGAGUUGUAUGUCUUCUGGCUCGGAGAUGCUGAAGAUCGCCCUUCGGUCCUAAGCAAUUCAACUCGGCUUGAGGACCUUGAAUAUGCAGGUUGCGGAGUAUUUAACUGGGAGAGCUUUGAAAGUUCAUCAAUACAAUUUGACCUGUUUAUAAGGGAAAGGUGCAGUCCCGAUUGGGGAGUCGCAUUUAUUUCCGAAAUAUCAGCAAAAAGUGUACGAAAGCCAGUUAUCAAAUAUCAAAGUUUGCGUCCAUUAUCAUCAUUUGAUUUUUCUUCAACGUCAGAGGAAGUACAAGUCUUGUUGGUGCCCACAGGAAUUAGGGCAACUCUUUUACCAUAUCGUCGUUAUGAAUCUGAUGAUAUUGCAGUUGUCUUGAACGAAUUCAAAACUUUAUUUGGGUUGGACCUGUCAAAUCUAGAAGAUGACAUAUCGAUACCCCCAUUAGUGCAUAUACGAAUAACGUAUGACAAUACUACCAAAGAACUUCCAUACCCUGCAAAGGGUAUUUACGUUAUAACAGAUAUCAAUAAUAGCUAUCGUUGGGAGGCUCAAGAUUCAGGGAUGUUACCAGAAGUUUUUAGUAAUGUUAUAGAACAAAGGUCUAAGCCAAGCGAAAGAUGGCAGUAUAGUGAUCAUUCAAAAGAUAUUACGCAGAUCUUAAAACAUAAAAAUCCCAAUGAUUUAAACGCAUCAUCUCCUGGCGUAGAUACAAUGACACCUAAUACUCCUGGAAUGGGUAAUGGCACAUCAAGUGCCAGCUCGCCAGGACAUAGUUUGGGUGCCAACCGAUCCUCAAAGAAGAGAUCUUCGGGCGAAACAAAGGCUUAUCCUUCACCCCCGGAUGUUAUGCCGUCUAAUGAUGUUCAACUACAGCAGCUACAAAAUGACGAGAUAUUACACCUACCCGAUCUCAGUGCUCUAGAAUCAGAAAUUAUGCUGGAUUAUAUUGAUAUCGAGGGUGAAAUUAUGCAGUCCGAUUUCGAUUCUUUUGACAAAAACCCGCAAACAAUUUCGUCGACAACAAACUAUCAUACGACUUCACCUUAUUUAUCUACAACUAAUGAAGACUCUCCAUCUAUUGUUCAAAAUCAAACUACUUUAGUCGAGCACAAUCAACAAAAAAUUGAUCAUGAAAUUAAACUUGAGAUAAGCAAAGUUAAGUUCAGAUAUUGUCCUGAAGAUUAUUCUCCAUUAAUAUUUCACAACGAAGUUGACAUGUCUAAAUAUAUGCCUGGAGGGAAGUUUUGUCAUUCUACAAACCGUAAAAAACGAAAGCGAGAUUUCUUAUAUACUCCAGAAUAUAAGCCUGCUUGGAUUGUCGAAGCCAAAAAAUCCAAAUCGUCAGAUGAUAAUUCAAAUCAAUUUUAUAGGCAAAAAAGGCACAAAGAGGAGGAUUAUGAAUAUUCUUCGAGUGAAAGAAAUACUCAUUGUACUAGUGAGAGUAGCGAAAGUGAGUCUUCUGAAUCUGAAACAGAAACCGACAGUGAUUCAGAUCUUGAAUUUGACGCUCUUGCGAAUAAUUUUGAUGUUUCAAAUCGCCGCGAGCUAGAUUUCUUAAAUGCUGGACGUCUAAGUAUGAUAUUUAAUGUUUACGAUCUUCAUGAGCGACGGCAACUUCGACGCUCGACAGAUCGCGAAGUUUGCAAUGAUAAACUAUCCAAAUUAGCAUUACAGUUCCUUCGGGAACAAAUAGUUGGUGGUUCGUAUCCUUUUGGCGCAGGAAUCCAUGGUGAUGGCGAGAGUACAUUUGAGUUUAUUGAAUCACGCAGGCGGAUUUUAGAAAUUCUUGAUGGUGAUCUUCCUACAUCUUCGGCUCUUCCAUCAGAGCGACAAGAAAUCACUAUGUCAUUAAAGAAGGCUGUUGAAGAAAUUUCUGAUCAAUUUCCACUUCCAGAAAAGCAUUCAAAGUUGUCUGUUAUUGGGCCGUUGUCUGUUCAAGAUUAUUAUAACUUAAAUGCUACGGAUAAUAAGGAUUCGGAGCCUAAUUUCCAAGCGUUCAAGACACCUGAUGUAAUUGUCUGUGCUGAUGAAUUUCUUAUCGAGACUUCCCCGGAGAUCGUCAAGUAUUGGGAUAAGCACAACCUCACUCCUUUUGCCGAUAGAAAGGAUAUUAAAUACUUUGUUUUCUAUCCAGAUAGCGAGUCACUAAAAUUUCAUCUUCACUGUGUUUUAGGAAAACAUGAACCUGCAACUAUGAAAAGUUUCAAACAGGGCAUGGUACCCAUUCAAUUAGCGUCAAGUCAGGAAACAGAACUGGAUCGCAUGAUUCGCAGUUAUGAAACAACUUGUGAUAAUUUUGGUCGUUCAUUGGCACCACUAAUUGAUAACUCUGGGAAGACGCAACUCGUAAUAUAUCUCGUCAACCCUUUUGAUCACCCGACGGCUAGUUAUGAUAUAUUUAAGUGUUAUGCUAAACUUUACACGUCACUUGAAAAUUCAUUGAAAUCUGUCUCAAAAAACGGAUUGAACAAUGUAAUUCCACAACUCAUACCGAUUGAUCACAUUGUUCGAUUCGAUAAGAAUUGUAUUAGACCAUUCAAACUAAGGCCUGUUCUAAGGGAUUUGGCUUUCAGUGUAUACACUCGUUCAAAAUCUUAUCGACCACUUUUUAUCUUACCUAAACCUUCCGUCGUUUCCGUCAGUUUCCAGUUGUCCAAAAAAGCCCCUCCAGUCAAAGAACUUGUUAAGUACAACAAGAUUUUACACAUGUGCUAUGGUUUUAGCUUUGAUCAACGCAUUUGUAUCAUAGUUUGGGUUGAUAUGGAAGGUAAAAGGCUAGGAAGUUACUCAAUUCCAACUUAUGAUAAUAAAAAUCAAACCAGUCUAGAAUCUUUAUAUAAAGAAGCUUGGAGUAGGACCUGCGCUUUUAUAUGGGUGGAAGUUACUAAAGGAAUAAUGCCUAUCUUUAGCGUUAAUCUCGAUACCGCAUUUGACAUUAAACCGACGCUGGAUGAAAAUGUGCAGAAUUCAAAAGUAUUUGGCAUGGUUUUAAGUAAUCCUAUUCCAAGUAAAGACUUUCGAUCUGAAAUGACAGGCUUUCUAAUUGAAAUGAACAAUAAUGAGGCUGUAUUUAACACUAUUCAGGUGGAUCUUUUGUAUAACCCAGGAAAUGAUAACAAAAGUACUACCGUUAUGUGGGAUGUACUCAAUCAAUUCCAUGUACUUUCUUUCAUGGAGGUUGCAACAACUCGCAAGUGUUUACCGAUUCAUGUAUUGAUGGUAGAACGCUGUUGCCGAGAGUAUUUGGGUGUUCCCAUUUAA